CCAAUCAGGCUCCGGCAUCGUCGUGCAAUCGCUCGCCAGAUUAUGGUGCGACAGGCAGGACGAGAGUGAGGGGGCAACUGGCAGCAGCAGACUCACAAGAACAAGUACCGUUAGUGACUCUUUAGCCGUGUUGUUUUGACCAGGUAACAAUUCCUGUACUUCGAGGAGGUGCCACUUUCAUUGACAAGGUCCCGUGCCAUCCAGCGCUACCAUGUCGGCGAAAGCCAUCUCAGAGCAGACAGGAAAAGAGUUCUUGUAUAAGUAUAUCUGCACCUCAGCGGCCGUGCAGAACCGCUUCCGCUAUGCCAGUGUCAACGCUGAGACUGACUGGGACCGCCUCUCACAGGAGCAUCCGUGGCUGCUAACAGAGCGGCUGGUGGUAAAGCCAGAUCAACUAAUCAAGCGGCGUGGGAAGCUCGGUCUGGUGGGCAUCAACCUGGACCUGCAGGGUGUCCGAGAGUGGCUCAAAGCCCGUCUCAUGAGAGAGACCACUGUUGGAAAGGCCAAGGGUGUGCUGAAGAACUUCCUCAUUGAGCCAUUUGUUCCACACCCACAGGAUGAGGAGUUUUAUGUGUGUAUUUAUGCCACACGUGAGGGCGACCAUGUGCUUUUCCAUCACGAGGGAGGAGUGGAAGUGGGUGAUGUGGACGCCAAGGCCCAGAGGCUGUUGGUUGCAGUGGAGGAGAAGCUGAGUGAGAACCAAGUCACAGAGCAGCUCCUCACACAUGUUCCUGAUGAAAAGAAAGAAGUCUUGGCCAGUUUUAUAGUAGGACUCUUUAACUUCUAUGAGGACCUCUACUUCACUUACCUUGAGAUCAACCCUAUAGUCGUCACCAAAGAUGGAGUGUACGUCCUCGACAUGGCAGCUAAGAUUGAUGCCACAGCAGAUUACAUCUGCAAGGCUAAAUGGGGGGAUGUGGAGUUUCCACCACCCUUUGGAAGAGAAGCGUAUCCAGAGGAGGCAUACAUAGCUGAUCUGGAUGCAAAGAGUGGUGCCAGUCUGAAGCUUACACUGCUGAACCCAAAUGGCAGGAUCUGGACCAUGGUGGCUGGAGGAGGGGCUUCAGUAGUCUACAGCGACACUAUCUGUGACCUGGGCGGUGUGGAUGAACUGGCCAACUAUGGCGAGUACUCUGGUGCUCCCAGUGAACAGCAGACUUACGACUACGCUAAAACCAUUCUCUCUCUCAUGACACGGGAGAAACAUCCUCAAGGGAAAGUGCUGAUAAUCGGAGGAAGUAUUGCCAACUUCACCAAUGUGGCAGCCACAUUCAAGGGCAUUGUCAGGGCCAUCAAAGAUUACCAAGGUCCUCUGAAGGAGCACGAGGUCACCAUCUUUGUUCGACGUGGCGGGCCCAACUACCAGGAGGGACUGAGGGUCAUGGGGGAAGUAGGAAAGACCACAGGUAUUCCUAUCCAUGUGUUUGGUACUGAGACCCAUAUGACGGCCAUUGUUGGAAUGGCUCUUGGCCACCGGCCAAUCCCUAACCAGCCUCCAAUGGACGCGCAUACAGCGAACUUCCUCCUUAAUGCCAGCAGCAGUGCAAUGACUCCAGCUACAACAAGGACAGCUUCAUUCUCUGAAUCAAGGAAGUCUAAUGAUGUCACCCCAGCCAAAAAGUCUAAAGCAGGUCUUCCAGCAGACUCUCUUCAUUCUAUACUGUGGCCUCUGAAGAAUGUGGUCACAGGCGAUUGGAAAGAAGCGCAAGCUUCUUCAGGCUGCAGCGGAGCCAAAGCCACCACACUCUUCAGAAAACAGACCAAGACCAUAGUCUGGGGCAUGCAGACACGUGCUGUGCAGGGCAUGCUGGACUUCGACUAUGUAUGCUCCCGGGACGAACCCUCUGUGGCAGCCAUGGUCUACCCCUUCACGGGAGAUCAUAAGCAGAAGUUUUACUGGGGCCACAAGGAGAUCCUGGUGCCGGUCUAUAAGAACAUGGCUGAUGCCAUGAAGAAGCACACUGAGGUGGAUGUCCUGAUCAGCUUUGCUUCAUUGCGCUCAGCCUUUGACAGCACUAUGGAGGCCAUGCAGUACCCACAGAUCCACACUAUCGCAAUCAUAGCUGAGGGCAUUCCUGAAGCUCUGACAAGGAAAAUAAUAAAAGUGGCUGAUGAAAAAGGUGUCACUAUUAUCGGCCCUGCUACGGUUGGUGGCAUUAAGCCUGGCUGUUUUAAGAUCGGUAACACAGGUGGCAUGCUGGAUAACAUUCUGGCUUCAAAACUUUAUCGUCCUGGCAGCGUGGCAUAUGUGUCGCGCUCUGGGGGCAUGUCCAAUGAACUGAACAACAUCAUUUCCCGCACUACAGAUGGCGUCUUUGAAGGUGUGGCCAUCGGAGGCGACAGAUAUCCAGGCUCCACCUUCAUGGACCACGUCCUUCGUUACCAGGACACUUCAGGGGUUAAGAUGAUAAUAGUGCUGGGAGAGAUUGGAGGUACAGAGGAGUACAAGAUCUGCCAAGGUAUCAAAGAGGGCAGGAUAACCAAGCCUGUGGUGUGCUGGUGUAUUGGAACCUGCGCCACCAUGUUCACUUCAGAGGUUCAGUUUGGCCAUGCAGGGGCCUGUGCCAACCAGGAUUCAGAGACUGCAGUAGCCAAGAAUCAGGCUCUGAGGGACGCUGGUGCUUAUGUACCAAAGAGCUUUGAUGAGCUGGGGGAUGUCAUUAAGACAGUUUAUGAUGAACUGGUGGCCAAUGGUACCAUCAUUCCUGCCGACGAGGUGCCUCCCCCAACAGUGCCUAUGGAUUACUCUUGGGCCAGGGAGUUGGGCCUGAUCCGUAAGCCAGCCUCAUUCAUGACUAGCAUCUGUGACGAGCGAGGCCAGGAGCUCAUCUACGCUGGCAUGCCCAUCACUGAGGUUUUCAAAGAGGAGAUGGGUUUAGGAGGAGUGCUGGGCUUGCUUUGGUUCCAGCGCAGGUUGCCGCGCUAUGCCUGCCAGUUCAUUGAGAUGUGCCUGAUGGUGACUGCUGAUCAUGGGCCUGCCGUCUCUGGUGCACACAACACCAUCGUCUGUGCUCGUGCUGGCAAGGACCUUAUCUCAAGCCUCACCUCCGGCCUGCUCACCAUCGGGGAUCGUUUUGGAGGUGCUCUGGAUGCUGCUGCAAAGCUGUUCAGCAAGGCAUUUGAUAGUGGCAUGCUGCCCAUGGAGUUUGUUAACAAGAUGAAGAAGGACGGCAAGCUGAUCAUGGGCAUUGGCCACAGAGUCAAAUCAAUCAACAACCCAGACAUGCGGGUGCAGAUUCUGAAGGACUUUGUUAAGCAGCAUUUUCCCUCCACCCAGCUCCUCGACUAUGCACUAGAUGUAGAAAAGAUCACUACCUCCAAGAAACCCAACCUGAUCCUCAAUGUAGACGGUUUUAUUGGUGUUGCCUUUGUGGACCUGCUUAGGACAUGUGGGGGCUUCACAAGAGACGAGGCUGACGAGUUUGUGGAGAUUGGUGCACUAAAUGGGAUCUUUGUCCUUGGCCGCAGUAUGGGAUUUAUUGGACAUUACCUGGACCAGAAGAGGCUGAAACAGGGUUUGUACCGCCACCCCUGGGAUGACAUCUCCUAUGUGCUUCCUGAACAUAUGUCCAUGUAAUCUCCACAUUACGGAAUGGGAAGCACUUCCAGAUGCGACUGUCCAAAUAGGUCAGGCAUCAUUAGACAUCUCACUCAUCAUAUAUGUUCUCUCCAGGUAUGGCAACAGCGGCCUUGGAAAAACUGGGCAGGGUGAUUUUGGAAAAUAGAAGUACUGUCUGGCUGACAGAUAUGGGUAGAAGUUUUCAAUCUUGUUUUUACGGAGAAAAGGGGAAGUCAAUUUUUAGAUUUUGUUUUUGACUAACUAUGAGUCUGAGAUGUUACUUACUUCAGUUUUGACCACAGACUCAAACCAAUACAAACUUUAGCAGUUGCAGAAGCACAGAAUUAAUUAGUACUUUAAAAAAAA